GGGGAGGCGUUAGGACCCAGCUACGCGGAGCUGACCACUGCUCCUCGCUGCCUGCUGACCGACUGGAGGCACGUGCGGGUAGAGGAGCGCAUCAACAUCACCCGGUAAGAGACCGAGGGGCUGCAAGCCGGAGGAGCUUCUUUGUCCACUUCCAUUGAAACACAGCCAACAAGCACCAUGGGAGGAGUGGCGGCGGACAUGGGGGCCAAGGGGGUAAACGCUCCAGACGGCGGGUGGGGCUGGGCGGUGCUGUUCGGGUGUUUUGUAAUCACAGGCUUCUCCUACGCUUUCCCUAAAGCGGUAAGUGUGUUUUUCAAAGAGCUGAUCAAGGAGUUCGGGGUGGGAUACAGCGACACAGCCUGGAUCUCCUCCAUACUGCUGGCCAUGCUCUACGGCACAGGUCCUCUCUGCAGUGUGCUGGUUAACCGCUUCGGCUGUCGUCCAGUGAUGAUGGUGGGCGGCCUCUUUGCCUCUCUUGGAAUGAUCAUGGCCUCCUUCUCCACCAGCAUCAUCCACAUCUACCUCUCCACUGGUGUCAUCACAGGCUUGGGGUUAGCUCUGAACUUCCAACCAUCUCUCAUUAUGCUCAACCGCUACUUUAGUGAGAGGCGUCCUCUGGCCAAUGGGCUAUCAGCAGCAGGAAGCCCCGUAGCUCUGUGCUGCCUCUCACCACUCGGCCAGGUCCUCCAGUACCAGUAUGGCUGGAGGGGGGGCUUCCUUAUCUUGGGUGGCCUUCUACUAAACUGUUGCGUGUGCGGGGCCUUAAUGAAGCCUCUGGUCGGUCCCAAGGCACUCAAGUCCAAGGUACUGGAUUUAGACAACCAAGAAGGACCAGAAAAGAUGAAGAAGGUCAAAGCGAAACUGCUGGACUUCUCUGUGUUCAAAGACCGCGGCUUUUUCAUCUACACUGUGGCGGCGUCCAUCAUGGUUUUGGGGCUGUUUGUGCCUCCAGUGUUCAUUGUGAGCUAUGCCAAGGAGCUGGGGAAUGAAGAUACCAAAUCAGCCCUGCUACUCUCCAUCCUGGGCUUCAUUGACAUUUUUGCACGGCCCACGUGCGGCGUGAUUGCCGGACUGAAAUGGGUGCGGCCUCGUUGUGUCUACCUCUUCAGCUUCGCUAUGCUCUUCAAUGGAAUCACUGAUCUGGUCGGAUCACAGGCCAAAGACUACGCCUCGUUGGUGGUCUUUUGCAUCUUCUUCGGCCUCUCCUACGGCAUGGUGGGUGCCCUGCAGUUUGAGGUUCUCAUGGCAAUAGUUGGCACUGAGAAGUUCCCUAGUGCCAUUGGCCUGGUCCUGCUCAUGGAGGCCAUUGCUGUGCUGGUGGGCCCCCCUGGUGCAGGCCGACUUCUUGAUGCCACCAAGAACUACAUGUGGGUUUUCUUGCUGGCAGGAAGUGAGGUGGUCCUCUCUGCCGUGGUUCUGGCCACUUGUAACUUUCUGUUCAUCAGAAAAAAGUCCUCAGCUUUGGCAGACAAGCUUGAGAGUAUCACAGUGACGCAUGAUGCCAAGCCUUCAAAGAUGAGUGAGGAAGAGGAGAAGAGAGCAAGAGAGGGGCAAGAGAAGGAGACAGAGGAGGAGGAGAUACACAACGAGAGAGUAGAGGAAAGCAAAACAGUGUGCUCAAAGGAAGUGGAAAGGUUCUUGAAAGAGCAAUGUCAAAAUGGCGACACGGCUACAAACCCUGAAACCUGCCUGUGAUUAGGAGCUUAGGGAUGGAGGUGUCGAGAACUGUGAGGUGUUCUAAUGACACUAAUAGAUUGUUGUGCAUUCUUCAAAAUCAGUGACCGGCGGGGGCUCAUUGGUGUUAAUGACGUAUGAAAUAGAAAAGGUUUUUUUAGAAAGGUUUCAUCACUAAAUGUCUCAUAGAAUAACUCUGUUUUUGCUUUGCUGUGAUCAUAUCAUUCAUUUUAUUUGGAUGUGGCCACCAGCAAAUUAAAUCAAGAAGUCAUUUUGAGACGAUAUUCUAUAUUAGAAAUAGAAAUAAAUAUGCUGACUACGAAUAUAUAUAUCUUCUUUGUUUUAGUAGCACCAUUCAUAAAUGUUCCCUCUUGAUCUCUUUGAGAGGGGUUCUUUAGACAAAAAGGGUUCUAAUAAUAAAACCCUUUGUCUCAUGAAGAACUUUUGAAAAACCACUUUUACAAAUAUUCAACUAUUCUCUUUUAUUCUUAUUCAAGUAUUUCUGCUUAAAAAGUAGCACUAAACCGCUAGAGGCAUAGCUAAGAUUAGCUGGCUAACCGCUAACCCAAGUCAGCUGGGAACGUGCUAGCCCCUUUGCUUACUGCGUGAGAGCUAGUUUGCCUCUUACUAACUAUUAGCAAACAAUGCCUCAGUGAAAUGAUUUAGCAGGAACAAGGAUUAUCAUUAGAUAACAGUGGAUGGUGCAUUGAGCUAUGAUAACUUCCUGCGGCUCUCGGCACAGUCAAACUGUUUGCUGUAUUACAAAACGAUACCUGCUGUUUUUGGAAAGGACAGUAUAUUUAUGAGAUGCUUUGAAUUUGGUGGAUGGGCCAACAUUAGUUGUUUGUUUGUUUUUUUGAUUGGACAGUAUACAUAUAAAAGAAAAACAAUAUAAUCACGCCAUGCUGAUCCUUUAAAAAUGAAAGACUACUUUUAUGCUUAGAAGGUGUAAUACUGAGUUAUAACAGCUUAGCCGUUUUGGUAGAAGCUGUUUUUUUAUUAAUGCUUCAAAUGGUCAAUGUUUGCUGUGAUUUUUUAAAAGAAUCCCCUCAGCUGCUGCUAUCAUCCUCUUGUAGUUAUCUUGAAGAUGGAUUUGAUGUUUCAGUGAGAAGUUUCUGUUCUAUCGGUAAUAACUGGUUAAUAAUGGUUGCUACAUGCAAGUUGUGGGUCUCAUAUAGUUAUUUUGUGAUUUGUCCUUGGGUUAUAAACAGGACCUAAAUAUUCUCCACACCUUUCCCAUGGUCUCUAUCACCAUGUCCCGUGUCCUUGAGGUAAAAUCUGGCACCCAAACAAUUUUUUCCAAGCAAGCUUACAUUGUGGCCUAAGAUUUGUACAGGAAAAAAUGGGGUUGAGCCCAACCAAACUGACCUGCUGCUGGGAAAACUAAUACGACUUUUAGGGAGUAUCGCUAAAUUGAAGACAUUUUCCUUGAAAAUACGAUAUUAAAAGGGAAAGUUUAUUUAAAACUGGGUUUCUUUUUAGUGUGUGGAAAGUGUCACUCAGUUUAGACAAGGGCCGUAAAGUCUAUUUUAUCAUUCAAGUUCGUAAAACAGUGGUGUGGGUUUUCUUUUUGACAAAGCAUCUGCAACAGGGGGAAAAAAUAUUUUAUUUUUAUUUCAUUAUUCUUCUAUAUGACUAUAACUAUUUUAUUCUAUGUACGACAGCGGAAUACCAUGCUUUCCCUAGAUUUAUUUGGUUCUCUCUUAGAAAAUUGUGACUCAUUGUGAUUUAAAUGUGAAUUUAAUUGUGAUAAAUCUGUUUCUGACAGAAAACCGUGCACUUGAACCUGGUACACCCACACACACCCACACACAGUAUGUGUGUGGGUGUG